AUGGACCAAGAGUUGACCUACUGGCUUCUCGACACGCGCUCCCUCUGGCCGGGGAGCCGCAUCGAACAGGCUGCAGCCGACGUUCUGAAUCUACUUAGCCCAGAGGAGCAAGAAGGCGUGCGAAGAAAACACUUCAUCCAAGAUGCUCGCCUGAGUCUGGGUUCUGCACUGCUCAAGCGAGCCUUCAUCGCCAAAGUCACCGGCGCGCCCUGGCACAAAAUCCGCUUCGGCCGCGCUGGAGAUCCUGUGCACGGAAAGCCCUGCUACGUGGCCGAGGAUGGGAAGCCUGUGCCCAACAUCACUUUUAACGUCUCCCACCAAGCUGGCCUCGUCGCCCUGGUUGGGUCUACGGUGCCCGGUGUUGAGCUUGGCGUCGACAUUGUCUGCGUCAAUGAGCGGAACGACUUCCGAGUCAUUGACAAAGACGGGUUUGACGGCUGGGUUGACAUAUACGAUGAGAUUUUCUCCGCCGAGGAGUCGUGGGACAUGAAGUACAAUGUCGACAGCGUACAGCUCCUGGACGGCUCGAUUCUCACGUCCGCCGAGCUCGGUCGCAGUGACCGCUGCUGCCGCCGCGAUCAGACUCUCACUGCCCACCGUACGCUCGAGGAUGGCCGUACGGAGCCGGUCACGUUCAGUUCGGAUCUCUUAAUCGACGCUAAGCUGCGGCGGUUCUACACGUUUUGGUGCUACAAAGAAGCCUACAUCAAGCUAACAGGAGAGGCGCUCAUGGCGAGCUGGCUCAAGCAGUUGGAGUUCAAGCACGUGCGGGCGCCGAUGCCGGGGAUAGUCGCGAGGUGCUCCACCCGUGGGUCCUGGGGCGAGAAAGUUGACGAUGUCGAGGUUUGGCUACAUGGCAAGAGGGUUCAAGAUGUGCGAAUGGAAAUCCAGGCCUUCGAAGAAGAUCGGAUGGUCUCAAUUGCAGUGAAGAAUGUUGUUGGAAGCAUACCAUCGAUCCGCAGGGUCGACUUGCAUGAGGAUAUCCUGGCAUUUGCUUCUGCGAACUGA